AUGAAGACCAAGGCUGCUGCUAAGUCAGAGUCUCGCCCCGUGGCGACACAAGACAGUGAUAGCAGUGAUGGAGGCCGCGAGGGCUCCAACCAAGAGAGCAGUGAGUAUGACGAUCAGAUUGAUGGUGCAUCAGGAGGGAAGAUCAAAUCCGACGACGAGAAGGAUGACACCUAUGAGGAGAGCAGCGAGUCCGACGACGACAGCGAUAUACCCUUUGAAGAACCUCGAACGAGGAAGAUAGCAGCGGAGAGGUGCAAAGACUCCGACACGAUCACAGCCGCCAAGACGCAGUGCAGCACAUGCUCCGGCCUCCACGCCCGGUGGCAUGAUCGGCGUAGCUAUCAGCCAUCCAAGCGCCGCGUUUACACCAACUCCAAUAUCGGAGAGCCCUCGUCGACGGACGGCGACCGCGAUGCCUCCAGCUCCUGA